AUGUUCACCCCUCGCAUCUCCGUCCUCGCCACUUUGGCCGUCGUUUUCAUCAGCCAGGUUGCUGCUGCGCCUAUGCCAAUGCCCUUGAAGUUUCGGAUGGGACAUGCCCUCGGACAGCGUGAGCUCGGUCCUCUCGAUACCAUUCCCGUGUACAUCAAGCGGUCUCCCGCUGACCUCAACACCAUUCCUGCGGAGGUCCCGACGAAAUCACCCUCAGGCGUGGUCGAAGCAUACAAGCGCGACGAUAUUCCUGAGGAGGUCCCGACGAAAUCACCCUCAGGCGUGAUCGAAGUAUACAAGCGCGACGACGUCAACACCAUCCCCGCUGAGGCCGCAACCAAGUCUCCCUCGGGCACUUUGGAGAUGUACAAGCGCGACGAUGUGAACGAUAUACCGGCCGAAGCUGCGACUAAAUCACCAUCUGGAACACUCGAGAUGUACAAGCGGGAGGACCUCAACGAGAUCCCCGCUGAGGCCGCGACCAAGUCCCCCACCGGCGUUAUCGAGAUGUACAAGCGGGCCGAUAUCAACGAGAUCCCCGCUGAAGCUGCAACCAAGUCACCGACAGGUGUGCUGGAAGCGUACAAGCGUGACGAUGUGAAUGUGAUUCCCGCUGAGGCCGCGACCAAGUCUCCAUCGGGUGUCCUUGAGAUGUAUUAG